AACGUGAUACUUGCUCACUAAUUAUUGAAUUUGUACACAAAGGAGUGGUGAGUUGAGUCGUUGUGUAUAUACAGAAAAGUAGAAGAACGUGCAUAACAGCGAACAAAAAUGAAAUUUAUUUGAACCACUUGAACAAGUUCAAAGGAUAAAGUGGAUAAGGUUUUAAAAUGAUCUCUAUACUCGGAGGUAUCAGCUGGAAGACACUGACAGGUUCUACGGACGAUGACUGGAUCGACCGAGCCAACCACCUGUGGACCGUCUGCCUGCUGCUGCUGUGCGCAGUUAUAGUAAGCUCCGGCCAGUAUGUCGGCGACCCCAUACACUGCUGGUGUCCUGCAGAGUUCACAGGUACAUUUGUUUCUUACACAAAGAAUUACUGCUGGAUCGCCAACACGUACUACAUCCCGAUGGACGCAGCGAUCCCCAAGGACAUUGCCCAACACCAGAAGGCAGAAAUAAAUUACUACCAGUGGGUCCCCCUCAUACUGGUGUUGAUGGCCUUUCUCUUCAAGUCUCCCAACAUCAUCUGGCACCUGCUGAACACAAAAUCCGGGAUAAAUCUGAGCCGGAUCUGCGAGCUCACGGACACUAUAAACCUUGGGGAUUCGGAAAAACGCGAGGAGUGCUUGAAGCAAAUCGCAAGACACAUCGAUAGGUGGCUGAGGGAAAAUCGGAAUUAUCAUAGAAAUAUUUUGGUGAGGGUCCGUCAGAAGUUGUCUAAUUUGUUUGUAUGGUGCUUCGCUCGCCGCGACGGUUACUACUUGACGGGUUUCUACCUGUUUGUGAAGGCACUUUAUUGCGUAAAUUGCGUUGGACAGUUCUAUCUACUUGAUGCCUUCCUCGCCAUGGAUUUUGGGGGUUAUGGGUUCGAGAUUAUGGCCUACUUCAGAGAUCAUGGGGAGUGGAAGGAGACUUCAAGAUUUCCACGCGUCACGCUUUGUGACUUCAAGAUCCGCCAGCUGCAGAACAUUCAGCAGUUCACAGUGCAGUGCGUGCUUCCUAUUAAUCUGUUCAACGAAAAGAUAUUCGCCAUAAUUUGGUUUUGGUAUUUCUUCAUUGCAAUCUUGUCGUUUUACAACUUGGCCUCGUGGCUAUGCUAUCUACUGUUCUCACACAAUAAGGAAACGUUUGUGCGUAAAUAUCUACGCAUUGGCAAUCAGAUUAGAUCGGGUUUUGACAAAAAAUUGUCGCGCAGAUUUGCUAACGAAUAUCUACGGGAUGACGGGUGCUUUCUGCUACGAAUGGUGGGAAAGAACUCUACCGACAUUAUUCUCUCCGAUCUCUUAAGAUUGCUUUGGAUAAUGUAUAAGGAAGCACCUUUUAACAAUCGCUCCAACACCGCGUACUUGAAAGACCAGGACGUAGACGCUGAACCAAUGGUGGACAAUGACAAUGAUAGAUACCCAAUUGACAACAGGAAUGGUAGUCCCCAGAAGUUGAAAACAAUCAGUGAGGUGUAACAUAUCGAGAGGUUUUGGAAAACAUUGUGAUUUUGAACUUGCUAUGUACGUUGGACACUGGAAUAUGCCCUAUUGAAAUUUGGAACAGUAGUUAUCAGCAAAUGUUAACAAUUAACUCGCUCUGUAUGACAGCAUGCCAGAUGCCCCUGCAAAAAUCAAAAUGGUAGUCUGCAUAAGUUUAAAAGAAUCAGUGAGGUGUAACCUGUUUGCAGUUAUCAAAAAACCAAUCAGUAGUUGGAACUUGCUGGGUAACUUGUUGAGGGUUAUUGAUAUGACCUUGUUUAAGAUUGUUUUUUUGGCAAGAUGAUGAUGCUGCAGUUUGAUGACGAUUUUGCAAACUUAAAUAAAUGUCUAUUUGAGAAAAAUGGUUUGGAAUGAACUAUGACAUUAAUAUUGAAGUUGCUAGUUCUAGAUGGACAAUAGAUAAAUUACUAACAGUAUGAUCUCAAAGGAAGUGCAAACUGAAAACAUAAAGGACUUGAGUGAUGAUUGUCCAGCCUUUUUUUGGGGGCAUCCUGUCCUUGAAAGGGUGGGUUUUUGGUGUCCCCUGUCUCAACUUUACCACUCAGAUAUGCACUGGCAUGUCGACGCAAGUGUAGUCCCUCAGACAAUAACAUUUCAUAAAAGGCCUUUCUUACUAGAUUCAACUCUCAGGCUGUUCUUUUUUAUGCUGGUUGUAAAAGGCUGUUCUUUUUGAUGCUGGUUGUAAAAGGCUGUUCUUUUUAUGCUGGUUGUAAAAGGCUGUUCUUUUUUAUGCUGGUUGUAAAAGCCAUUUUCGUUUUGCAUCUGAGUGGUAUAGGGGUAAAGUCUUAAAAAAUUAAAAGCAUAACAGUGUUUUUUUUCACUUAUAGGGGAAUGGUGGCGGGGCCCGUCCAAAGGGGAUUUAAAUGCGUCGUUUUUUAGGAAAAGGGGAAAAUUAAAAAUUCACUCUUUUAUUUGUAAUGAUAUUUAUUAUAUGAAUACACAUGUUUGCAUGAAUAUAAUAUUCACAGCAGAAUGUCUCUGUCCUUUUUCUGAAAUAUAUAUCAAUGAUUUUUUCAACAUUAGUUUCAGACAGUUCAGCCUUCAUGCACAAUCUCAGUUUUCUUAGCCGUUUUGAGUCGAAUUGAGUUUUUUUUAAAUCGAUUAAAUGGCAAAUUUGAGCAUUUUGAUCAAUAAAAUGGACCAAAUUGGAAUGUUUUUAUCAACAAAUAUUGACACAAUAUAGAUACAUCAGGCCUUUUCCUGGCCAUUUUGGGAGACAAAUGCAAUUCAUGUGAAAAAUUCACUGAUUUGGAAAAAACUAAUCUAAUUUAAUAUAACACUUUAUAAUAAUUAAAAAUCAUAUAAAUUAUAGUUAUAUACUUUGUUAGUUAUUUAUGAAAUAAAUUUGAGAUAUAUUUGUCAUGAUUAUGAAACAGUUCUUUCUAUAAAAAAAUAUAUAAAAAAAAUAAAUUUUUUAUUACUUCUGGAGGGGAUUUUUUUUACAAAAGUGGGGAAAAAUAUAUACUCUUUUUUUUUUAGGGAUGGGGCUGAAUAUCGGCCCCGAAAUUGCCAUAAAAAAACCACUGCAUAACGAUGUCAUCUGAUGCUGUUGAUGUAUUCAACAGGUAUAAUUAGUUUAAUGUGAAUACUGUUGUGGACAAUGUACAAUGGUUGUACGAAAUAUACACUGGGUGGCUCCUUAAAUUUUGUUUAAAACUUUUAGUGAGACCAUUGCUCAAAAAAAUUGAACAAGCAAUUGAAUCUCCUAAGGCCUUGUUACUCAAAAUUAUCUUUUUUUACAUGCCAUAUUGUGUUCAACACAUUAUUUUGUAUCUCACAAGUUGAUAGUUUUGUAUUUUAUGCAACUGUCUCCAUUUUUGUCUUAAUUAAUUUAUACAUGCACACUGUUGAAAUCAAUUUUGUUGUGGUCAUCCUAAUUUACAUACAUACAUGUUAAUCAUGUUCAUGUCACAUGUUGAUAGAAAUCAUCUCGAUAUUAUUUUAUAUUUGAAUGUUGUGACUGUGUCAGUUUUUCAGUAAUUUAAAAUUGUAAUUGCUUUGAUGAACACUACUAUCUGUGAUUUCAAUAGAUUGAUCAUUGUGAAAACAAGGAGUCAAAUGGCCCCUUGCUUGAAAAGUUUGGCAAUCAUAUGUAGAUUUCAAGGGUCAAAAAGCUGCAGUACACUGUUUGUGCUUUAUUGCGAAAUUCUCAGAAAAUUGCAGUACUGAGUGAUUGUUUGUGCUUUAUUGCGAAAUUCUCAUAAAAUGUUUGUAAUAUGCAAUGUAUAUUUAAGUCAAUUACUAUGCAAUUUGUACUAUACUGAAUACAUUAUUUAUUUAACUUUCUGGUGAAUGGCGGGUAUUUAUGAGUCAAAAAUGAAAAAAAAAUGCAAAAUGAUUGCAUCAAAAUGCAGGAUUCUGCUUCACUUAACCCUUUACCACUUAGGUACAUAUUUCACCACUUAGGUACAUAUUUUACCACUUAGGUACAUAUUUCACCACUUAGGUACAUAUUUUACCACUUAGGUACAUAUUUCACCACUUAGGUACAUAUUUCACCACUUAGGUACAUAUUUUACCACUUAGGUACAUAUUUCACCACUUAGGUACAUAUUUUACCACUUAGGUACAUAUUUUACCACUUAGGUACAUAUUUUACCACUUAGAAACAUUUUUGACGAAUUUUUAGUCCCAUAGAAAGUUAAAUUUAAUUGAAGACCUUUCUUUCUAAAUUCAAGUUUAAAAGCUUCUUUUUCUAAACCUUAGAUACUGAUGAGCAGCAAAGAGCAUAAAACCUGAACAGAUUGCCAUGCUGUUCUGGUUUUAUGUUGUUUGCACAUGGCCAUAAUCCCAUUUUUACUUUGAUUCUGAGUGGGAAUGCGUUAUAUUCCAGUUAACUGUGUGACUGGGUACAAUUUACUACAUGCGUGUUACAUGUACUUGUUAGAGAGCCUGGUUUCUAGAAGUUCUACAUAUAAAUUUGCAUGAGCUGAAUUUGCAAGCUAUCAGUUUUGGAACUAAGCAGGUUUUAUGAAGAAAAUGUAACCUAACAGAAAAAGUGUGUAAUUUGAAGCUAUUUGCAUAAAUAAGCCCUGCAUUUUAUACCUGGCAUUACAGUUUGAUUGUUUUUGUGCUGAUUUUGUAGCAAGUGUUUGGUCCAAUAGACUACAUGUACAUGCAAUAGAAAUAAUGUGUUUUAAAUGCAUAAUAUCCAUUUUAUAGAUAUGUUUGUAGUUAUAAUUUUCAGUUUUAUUUAAGUGUUCUCAAUAAGUAUUCAACUGUUAUUAUUCAAGCAAUAAAAACUUUUCCCAAAUAAAAGGAAAUUUACGCCGUAAGUGCCAAUGUAUGGUAAAGGCUAUAAUUAUUCCCAAUAGGAAGUGAAAUGCUUAUUUUAUUUCUCGUUGCAUUAAGAAUUGUAAUAAGUUGCAGCUACACAUGUAGAUUAUUGAGUCCAUUGUAAACAACCAAACAUUUGAGAAGGUAGACAUGGCAAUUUCUUAAUUAGUCAUUUGUAUUAAUGUUGUAAUUAAGUUUCAUAAGACAAUGUGGCUCCUCAGUUUAGUAGUAUUUCAUUACUGCCUUUAAAUUUGUUCUUGUAUUGCAUUUCUUUUGGUUUUUAUGUUUAUUUCGUAAGUAAGCUUGUAUGUUUGUUGUGUACAAAAGCUUCCACUUUAAAAAUGUCUAUUAUAGUUCAUUUGAUAAAUCAGUUUUGUCAGUU